CAAAAAGCGAAUGUGCUGAAAUAUUGGUGAGCAAACAAUAUGACUCGAGUUUAUUUGACUAUACUGUUGUUGCUAUCUGCAUACGGCAAUGUAAAUGCUCGCAAAGGAAUUUGUUCGCUCACUCAUAAUAGAAUGGAGGAUUCGAUGGAAUCAGUUGCAAAAAAAUUAGAAGAAAUGGAUCAAAGAAUAAUGGCAAAAUUAGACGAAGUGACUUGUGGAGGUUUUAUCUACCGCGGAGUAUGCUACUGGGCCGUUAUAACGGGGGAUCAAGAUGCAAUAACGUUCGACAAAGGAGUUGAGAACUGCGGAAAGAAGUCCGGAAAACCAGCAGAUAUCGUAGAUUCAAAUCUCUACAGCAUGGUUGUUGGAUAUGUCCGAUCAAUCAUGUCAACAACCUCUUCCAAGAUUUGGACAGGGAUGAUUUAUAAUCCCUCGGAUAAGUCUGUUCAUCUUUCCAGUGGCACCACAGCUGCAUUCACAAAAUAUCACCCAGAUGCUACGACUCCUGAAAAAUCUGGGACCAAGAUGGGUAUUCGUAUCGACAACUUCUAUGGUUCAGACGGAAUUUAUUCCAUUGAUCCAACGACAUCUCAGAACGGAGUGUUGUGCCAGAAAUAAAUGCUCAGUGUUCAUGCAACCAGGAAAGAAUUUAUGUGAUUUUGGAGCAAUUGAAGAAAAACACAUUAUUGUCUAUUUUUCGCAGGCUCAAAAAUUAAUAAAAAUAAAUUUCAAUGAACAUAAAAUUCAGUUUGCAUUUUAAUUUUUGGGAAAUAAACCUGAAUCCUUAUAUCAUAU